CUCAUCCAUAGCAUGGGCAAAAAGAACCAGGACGACGCUUCAAGCCUCAAAGGCGUUCAGAAUCGCGACAUUCUCCAGCGGCUCAAUUUCCUAUACCAGGCCAGUGUCUUCCUGAACAACAUCUCUGCGGCAGGACCCUCGUCGCCUCAAGCCCCUGACGAAACGGACACUACUCAUGACGGAGCAGAGGGACAUGUGCCUCCCGUGCAGGAUCAGGACGUGCCAUCUUCUUCCCCAAAACCCAGGCCAGCUAGGCGCCGUCAGAGGAAAGACAGCAAACGGAAGGUGAUGAGCACGUCGGAGCUGUCGCGCAGCUAUGUGGACGCGAUGAAGGUCAUCGGGCAGAAGACAAUCGUUAAAAUGGAUCCGAGCGUUAAGCGCACGCUGUGCAAGGGCUGCAACACCGUGCUCGUGCCGGGCGUCACUGCUCGGGUACGCGUUAAAGGCUCACCCGUUCACGGCAAUGUCGUUUCCUACACUUGUAACGCAUGUAAAACCGUUCGCCGGAUUCCUGCGCCCCCUAUUGCCCGUCCAGACGAGCUCAAAGAAGCCAGCCAAGUACACGCGGGCGCUCCGUCCGCGAGUCUCGAACAAGCAGCCUCUAGCGACCCGAUAGAUCCAGCGACAGCGAGCCCACAACGACAGCAACCGAAGAACCGAAGGAAACCGAAAGCCAGUCCACGGCCGCUGCCACACUUUGCCAGGCCCGAACAUAUCGUGUUCUGCGGUAAUGAAAAGAUCACAAUUGAGGAUGGAUAGUGGUGUAUCGUCUUUUCGUGGAACGGCCAUUUGUGCCUGAGGCCUGGGAUGAUGAGAAUGGUCUCGGGCCAUGGCGGAAUCAUCCGCUGAUGUUUCCAUCCAAGAUGGUAAAUAUUCCUCAGCAUCGCUGUAUGGGUCUCUCAAGGAGCCACAAGGGGCUCAUAGACAGUUCCAAUCUUGAACCAAUCGUCUUGCGUUGUCUAUGAUAGCUGGAAUAGCAAGUUUCCGAAUACAACAACGGUAUCAGGUGAAGAGUAUACGUCAGGUAUGUACGCGAAGCCGUGAAUGAGCUCGACACUACGUCUAGUAAAGCAAAAGGAGAGGCGGC